AUGGAGGGCUCCGAGGAGCUGGAGAGCAGCCUCCUGACACAGCCCUGGGCUUCUGUUUGCUUUGGCGAGUCCACUUUUCUUGCCAAAGCGUCCUUCAGGGAUACUGGCUACAUCCUGCUGCUCUCUGACCUCAGCAGCAUCUGGUAUGAGAGUGCAGAUGCUGAGGUCGUGGGACAAAGGUCCAAGGAGCUGAACAAGCGGCUGACGGUCCAUGUGUCCUCCUUCCUGCACCACUUGUCCAAGCUGAUGUGCCCCUUGCUGGCAGGGCAGCAGGACACUGCCACCUCCUUCUCCUGCCACCACACUGCCAGCAGCCUCAACCUGCGUGUGAAGAGCGAGCUCUCGGGACUGCCCUUCUACUGGCACUUCCACUGCUGCCCUGCUCCCCUGGAGAUGGUGUCCCGUCACCUUGUGCGGCCCCUGAUUCGGAUGAGCCUGGCGUUGCAGUGCCAGGUGGAGGAGCUGACCUCCCUGCUGCUCCAGAAGGAUGCUGAGAUUGAAGACUACAGGGAGAGCGGGGCUGCUCUCAGCAGAGACCGCCUGCGGACAGAGCCCUUCCAGGAGGAGACAUUUCAACAGAACUUCAUGCACGAGACCCUGCCCCAGGUGUUUGGGGCAGGAGAAGGGCAGAAGUUCACCUCUGCUCUGCAGCAACUCUACGUGGCAGUGACACAGCAGGAGGCCAAGCAGGUUCGGAAACGGCAGCACUCAGAGGACACUGAGGGCCCAGCACCCACUGCAGAAACCACAGGACACUCCUGUCUGCUGUCUCCAUCCCAGGAAGAUGAAAGAACAUCUUCCAUCGAGGGAACCAUGCCCGUCUCCUCCCCUGCUCAGAAGCCCCGGCUGCCUGUGGCCAAGGCCAAGCCGAAGAAGGCAAAGGGGCUCUUCAGCUGA